UUAACCAUUUUGUGAGUUUUGUUGAAUGGUGCAGCGGUAACGAACAAUGCCAAGCACAGCCUGCUGAACUUAGUUGAGCGGAUGUCUAGAGGUUUCUUUGAUGGAGUGACAACUUCUAAUGCAGAUAUAUGGAUGAACUUGGGUGAUUAUACAGGAGAUAGUGUGAAAGUGACGACUCGGACGAGCUUGAAUGAUCCAGGAAGACCUGAAGGACUCAUUCUCUGUGCAGCCCAUUCGUUUUGGGUCCCGGCUCCUCCUACCACUGUCUUUGACUACCUAAGAGAUGAGAACAACCGAGUCAAUUGGGAUGUUCUCUUCCUUGGAGGGAAUCCUCAGAAGCUGACACAUAUAUUUAAUGGGAGGGACAAUAGGAACUGUGUAUCUUUACUCCGGAGCCCAAACACUAGCCAAAGCGAGAUGAUGAUGAUUGAAGAGAGCUCUACUGAGCCAGCAGCUUCGUUCCUGGUCUAUGCGCCUGUUGAUGUUCCGUCAAUGGAGAAAGUUCUCAAUGGAGGUGACCCUAAGUAUGUGCCAUUACUUCCAUCAGGUUUUGCUAUACUACCAGAUGGUACGGCUCAGCCUGGAAAAGCAGGAGGGUCACUCGUGAACGUUGCGUUUCAGAUGCUGGUUGACUCAUUCCCUUCGGGUUCGCUGACUUUUAGCUCGGUUUCAACCAUUGAGAGUCUGAUUCUAGCAGCCGCGAAUAAGAUCAAAGCUUGCUUUACUCAGCAGACUCCUUGAACAGGAAAGUAAGUGUAAGGGGAUGCGGAGGAAUCAAGAGAGAGUGUGUUUUUAUUUUAUUUUCAAGAAUUUGGAAAGCUUCAAAAGGGGAGGAGUCAAGAACGAACCUGACAAGAAACAGUUCAGUUCUUGAAUGGUUUUCUUAAUGAGGUUCGGGUAUUGACUUCCUUGUUAACUUUUGCUAUAAACUUUCCGUCAUUUAUGUUUUAAGUACUUUGUUUCAUUCUGAAUGUUGGAACUUUCUCAACUCAUUUCUCUUUGUGUUUCGUGUUGAUAAACUUUCUGUUGUAUGUAGAUAAAUUUAACAGCCACUCAGAGCGAAGGAAGACAAAAAUUCUGAUCCAUUGAUUUUGUAUACUAUACCGGCUGAUAAUACCAAUGAUAAAAUCCCCAUGAGAAUUUGUAUCCACUUGGGUCUCCAUAAAUAAAUAAGAAUAGGUUGCAACAGAAAGAUAAAUCAUAAACAACCUAUAUCUUAGUAUUCAACAAAAAAUAUGCAAAAACAAACACAGAAAAACUCGUCACAACCUCCAAUUGUUCUGCCUACAAAACGCAAAAGAAAAUUUGAAGAAGGUAAUAACUCAUCUAUGGCUACCUUGUUUUCAUCAUAUGAGCAAAUCCUUAGUUUCUUAAAAGAAAGUGAAGCGAUUAGAGAAAAGGGUUACAGGAUCGUUCAAUUGCGUUUACACAUUGAAGCAAAAAAAAUUGGCUCUGAAAGAAAUGGCGGAAGAAAAUAAAUUCCUACUGAAGAAUUUAAGCUCCAUACAUGAUAAUAAUGUACGAGAGUAUAUUCGACACGAACAAGCAAGAAUCAUACAUAAAAGGAAG